AUGCCGUACCCCGUCGUCACCGUCCCCACCCGUCGACGGCAUUCGCCUCCUCGACCCCUCCCCCUCGACGGACUCCGUCAACCCUCGCCGCCGUACCCCUGCAUCGGGGGUGAGCCCGUGCGUGGCCACCUGUCGCCCGUGCGUGGCCACGCGCCCGCGCUGUCCCCGUCGCGGUCACCAUCCCCUCCUAGCUCCAGCGCGCGCACCACACCAGCCGUCCCCGCGUCGUCCCGCUCCUCGCGCCCACCAUCGCGGUGCCCGCCCGCCUGCCUCGCGCCCCAGCCACUGCCGUCCGCGGCCACCUCCACCCGCGCCCGACCUCGGCAACCGCCGCGCCUGCCUUACUCCUCGCACCGGCCGCGGCCUCGCCUAGCGCCGCCCUUGGCCGCCGGCGCCCUGCUGUUGGCCUGGGCAAGGGCCCCGAUGGGCUGGCGCCCGUCGCCCUCGAACGACACGGCGAGCGGCGCCGCCGCCUCGAACACGACGAUUUGCAUCCUUCUGGCUGGUCAGAAAGGCGCCCUCGUGGUGGUGCUCACGAGCCAGUACGUGGUCGUGCACGACGCGGACGCCGGCGCCGGCGCCGGGGACGCCUACUCUCGGUGGGCGACACUGAGCGUGAGUGCCCCGGCCAGUGCUACGAAGAAAUGGGCUCGAACGCCCCGGUUCCAUUGCAUGCAACGAAACCACCAAACAUGUUUUGUUUUGGAGCUACAAGACGCGCGGGGAAAAACAGCAGAGACGCUGCCCCAGCAAAAUGAAAACACCACACAGUCUACGCUCCCUUAA